ACAAGGCCUCCAUUCGGACCAGAACCCGAUCGGGCCAUCGGGCACGCGACGGAGAACGCGAGUAAGCACUCCCCUCCUCAACCCCUCCCCUCCGCCGUAAACCCCGCUGUUGUUCGCCGGAGCACCCCCUCUCCGUCCCCGUCCCCGUCCCCAGCCCCAGAGCACCCCAUCCCCGUCCCCAGCCCCAGUCUCCGUACCCCCGGACCUCGAUAUCUUCGGAGGCCGCCGCUGGAGCCGCCUGCAUGCUCAAAUCGUAGACACUGGGUCGGGGCGGGGUGGAGAUCCGUCCGGGCUCGGAUCGAUUUCUUCGUUCUCUGGUACCCAGGCUCUAAUAAUUUGUACAAAACCGAUGGAAAGUUCUAAAUCUCCUCAAUCAUCGAAGAACAGCCAGAUUACGGUACCUUCUGAUAGUAAUGGCCCCCGAUUUGACAAUGACGGGUUUGCUUCAGAAACUGCAUCAAAUCAAAUGGUCGUUUUCAACUCUGAAGCAGGAGAUAAAGAGCAAGAUGAACCGGGAGAAAACCGUUUGCAGAAGUCAGUCAUAACAAGGGGGAUAUCUCCAUCUAUUGGAGCAUUCACUGUCCAAUGUGCUAAAUGUUUUAAAUGGAGGCUUAUCCCAACGAAAGAGAAGUAUGAAGAAAUUCGUGAACGUAUUAUACAGGAACCUUUUGUAUGUAAAAGAGCUUGUGAAUGGAAACCUGGUGUAACAUGCAAUGAUCCAGAAGAUAUAUCUCAGGAUGGUAGCAGGCUUUGGGCUAUUGACAAACCCAAUAUUGCACAACCCCCUCGUGGAUGGGAAAGGCAGAUUAGGAUAAGAGGUGAAGGGGGUACCAAAUUUGCUGAUGUAUACUAUACCUCUCCAACUGGAAGGAAACUUAGGUCUCUGGUUGAAAUUGAUAGGUUCCUCCAAGAGAAUCCGGAGUAUGUUGCACAGGGUGUAACUUUAGCUCAGUUUUCGUUCCAGAUACCUAGACCUCUGCGGCAGGACUAUGUUAAAAAGAAACCGAAGUUGAUAAAUCCAAGUGAUGAAGCAAGUACAAUUACUUCUAAGUCUUUUCAACCAGAAGAAGUGAACCCCAUAGCCUGGGCAGUUCCUACAGCACAUGAGGGUGAUGCCAGUGAAGAAGCUUCUCUCGCUGACGAGACACUUCCAUCAGAAGUAGUGCUAACCCGGAAGAGAAAAGCAGAAAGCUCUUCGUCAGUAGAGCCAAACCAUCUCUCUGAUGAACUUGAACCAAAGUUGGCGGAUGCUCAGAACGGGGAGACGUCUAACUGAAAAGUAAAAGUGGGCAGCAUCAUGAUGCCAACUGCCCCCCUAUCAUGGUUUUAUUGGUCUGCUUGUUUCUCAUUUCCCUUGGGAGUCAGCUUCUCUGUUUUAUGAGGCCACACAAGCCUCAUUUGUAGUAUUACACCACAGAAGCUGGCUGACCCAAAAUCCGCCACUUUGGGGGGCAGCAACUUAACAAAAUGUUUGUACGAGAGUUUAGAGCCCUAUGGAACUUGUUUGGAUAAGUAUGUUUAUUACCUUGUACUUAGCUAGGAACCUGCUUAUGUAAGAUGAAGAACUGUCAUAGCGGCAUAGUUCUGCCGCACGUCGGAUUUAAUCUCCUGUUCUUUGUUAGACGGACCAGUCGCAAAUGUUGUGAAAUGUCUUGAGUUAUAAACCAGUACUACUGCGGUAUUGUUCUGGUAA